GUCCGCGAAGGCAGCAGCGUUCCAACCAGCGAGGCAGUUUCUCCCUCCUAUCAGCGCCAUUGUGUGACAGAGUCUCCAGCAGCGAGGACACCUUGUUUUUCCUCUUGUCGAGUGGACUGUUUAAAUACCCCCAUGUUUCUCUUCCAAACUCCGACGGACCCGAAUCUGGGUCGUAUAGGUCGUGUGAGUGGUGUUAGGUCCGUCUGGAGGAGAAUCCCACCAGUCCACUGAGUCAGGUUGGGAGGUGUGUGUCUGAUGACAACUUAAAGAAUUGGAGGUGCUGCAAGAGAGCUGUUGGAGUGCAUGUCUUCAUGCUUCUCAUGUCCCAUAAGAGAGAUUUAUGUUCAGUAAAGGUGCCAAGCGAAAACUGGAUGAGGAUGAAGAGGUGCUGGAAGGCAAAACGCUGGAGGCAUCGCCGCCACUGCCGGCGGCGGGAGGAGGAUGCGGCCUGGGCCACGAGGGCCUGUCCAAGGUGUCGUACACCCUUCAGAGGCAGACCAUCUUCAACAUCUCACUCAUGAAGCUGUACAGCCAGCGGCCGCUGAGAGAGCCCAGCCUGGAGCGGCGCGUCCUCAUCAACAACAUGCUGCGGCGCAUCCAGGACGAACUCAAGCAAGAAGGCUCCUUACGACCGUUGCUCCUGCCGCCGUCGCCGCCGCCCGACGACCCGAUGGACGAGGGCUACCGUGAGGCCCCGCCCUCUUUCGGGGUCCUGUCGGCUACGGUGACAGCCCAAGUAUCCCCCUCGCCUUCUGCGCUGUUAAUGCCUGCGAUCAUUCCUCCUCCUUCGCCACACCCGUCGGUGCCUCCCGCCUGCCCGCCUCCGUUGGAUCUCUGCCUCACUCCAGCUUCUUUGCUGGAAGACGACGGUGCCGAUUCCUCCUUUUGUGCGUCGUCUCCGCCCACCCCUCCUCUCUCGCCUCCCCCAUUACUCAGUCAGACGUCCGCCACCAUCUCUCCGUCGCCGCCGCCUCCUGCCUCGUCCGUUACCGCGGGUGGCAUGGAUUUAUGUCCUCCUACAGCCAUAACUAGGACGGCAGCAUCGAAUUCAAUGGCAGUAACUACCUCCCUCUCUCCCGCCGCACUUGCCCAGCCCUCCCACUUAGCUGCAGCCUCGGGCCCAGCAAAAGACUGCCCGACGUCGGUCUCCAAAGCCGAAGCGGCUUGCGUCUCGCUCGCAGAAGGCACCUGUGCCGACGUUCGACCGAUGGACGCCCUGCCCGCGGUUACCCCGGGUGACAUUUACGCCUCUCCUUCGCCCCCCUCGACAUCGUCCGGGUUCCUCACCGACCUGGCGCUGGACGACGUCCUCUUCGCCGACAUAGACACGUCCAUGUACGAUUUUGAUCCCUGCAUGACGGCGGGGGCGGUCAGCGUCACCGCCGGCGCCAGCCUCGCCAAAAUACCGCCGGUGGUGACAGCGGACGACCUCCUCAGAUCGCUGGCGUCUCCGUACAGCGGCCCCGCCCCGCAGGUUUCAACCAAUCAGCCUUUCAAAAUCGAUCUGACAGAACUUGAUCACAUCAUGGAAGUGUUGGUUGGUUCAUGACAGCCAGGUGCCGCCCCUCCCCUGCCUUUUACACACAGACACUUCAAUCCAGACAAGAGAAUGAAAUGAAUAUUUUAGACGGUUUUGUUGUUUUUCAUUUUGCGGUUUUUACAGAUUGCAAUUGUAAUUUUCAGCUGUCACGCUCUGACAACUGUUCCUACUACUACUACUUCAACACUGUGCAUGGACUGUCCUCACCUUUCCAAACACAGAAAUGAAACUAAUGGGAAGCAAAAGACACAAAUCAGUUUACAUCUCGAUACAGGUGAGGACCUCCAAGGAACUAAUUCCCUAAUAAGAACGUUAAUUGGUAACAUUGACCUUAGCCAUUGCCAUUUUUCCCCCCCAGUCCUAGGAGGAGCCUCACUGGUACAGGAAUUGUGACUGUGGAGACACACAACACACGUAACACACACAGACACACGUGCACACUAAAUGCGUGUGUCUUUGAGCAGAUGAGUGCCUUCUAAAAAAUGACCACUUAUUCAAUUCUCGUCCCCCCCCCCCCCUCGUUUCCUCUGAGUUGUUACUUAGAAUAUUGUUUUAUUUAUAAAAUGUAUUGUUCAGUUAUUGAGGGAUGUCCUCAUGAUCAAAUAAUAAUAAUUUCAUUGUCUUUUAAUCGGGUCGCUUUUAUGUUUAAUAUGCAUCUUUUGUCUCACAAGGAAAAAGCCUGAUAUCAUUUUCUGAAACUCUUCAGAGAGGUCAUGUAAUGAUGAUCUUAGUUCAGGUCCGGGUUUACCAACAUGCUGGUGCAAAGCGGUGUGGAAUGCUAUUUUAUACUGGCUUUUAAAAAAAAAAAAAAAAACUUUCAACUUUGCAGCAGAAUUCGGAUCCGCUACAGAGUAGAGAUUGUUUUGUUUACAUUUACAAACCGUUGUCGAAUCUUAUGUCAGGCAACCAAAACAGAGUUAUGCACAAGAACUGUAAACAAAUCAGCUAUCACAUUUUGCCAAGCCAAGCCAUGAUGGCACAUGAAUCAUUUCCUUAAAAUUGUAUGAACACACGAGUGUAUUUCUAGAUAUGCCUUCUUUAUUUUUUAUUUUUUGUGUGUGCAACCGAUUCAGUAAGUUGACAAAUGACAGCGCGGCGUACAGUAUUACACAAAGUCUAUUUGCACAAACGCUUGUGUUGAGAAUAGAAGCCCAUAUUUACAAAAUCUCAGGGUUUUACUCACGUCAUGAUAUUGUGCAGCAGCAUUUUGAGGUUUACCUCAAACACCCUGAGUCUUUAUAAACAUACACACAAUACUUAGAGGACAAAAUCUGUCCUGUCAUCAAAGUGAUUGUUGCACAAUCGAGGCCGCAAAAAAAAAACCUUUGUAUUAAUGACAAUUUUGCCUGUGUCACAUAUUAAGCCCAAUUGUGCACAAAGUUGUACCGUAUUUCCUUAAAUGGUGGUCUCCACUCUUAAGAAAUUUCUCUCCAAAUUAUUAUCCGUUCCACACGCCCAGCUUCGUCUGUCUACUCAUGUCAUUAUUUGAAUGUGACAAAUGAUUACAUUACAUAAUUGUUAGUCAAAUUGAUCUAAAAGUAUGACGCAAGCAGUCCAGGAUGAGGAAAAGCAGUAUAAGAAAUUGACACUGCCUCCUCCUGCAAUUGAGUUAACCACUAUGUGAGAAAAUACGGUAUUUUCCUGUGUACCAAAAUAUGUAUGUAGCAAAAAAAAAGCAACUCAGUUUAGUCAAUCCCAUAGUCUGUGUUCAUACAUCUGUUUAUUUUAACCUAUUUUACUCAAGUUUGCUCCGCGUUGAUGUAGUUUUAUCACUGACCAAAAGUUGUCCAGUCUACUACAGCGAAUGCAGUCACAACGUUUUAAUGUAUUAUGUGACAAAACUUCCAAUUUUCCAACAAAAUAGCUUUUCAAACGGGGCUGCUUGGCUUGUUUCGAAACACAUCAGGGGAUCGUAUCAAGGGCGUUCGUUUACACAGUCUGAGCAAUUGCACCCGAGUCAGAACAUUUUUUGCAAAUAGGCAGCUACCAAGAUGAACUUGGUUGUUUUAUUUCUCACCUGACAGGUGGUAAGGUAAGAGACCAGAGACAAGCAGUCCAGUUUCCAAAACAUGAUGUCCACAAUGCAUCUACAUCCAUUUGUCUUCUUGUACUCAUCCCCUGCUCACCUCUCAAGGAAGUAUUUGUCUGAAAGCAAGCUGCCAUGUUUUUAGCCUUCUGUGCCACUGUCCAAUCUUGUUUGAAUUUUUUUAGAAUGAACGCCUGUAGACACGCAACACUUAGCGAUUCUGCAAAUGCUCAAUUUCCUUUGUACACGUAAUAACUUGCUAGUGUACUGCUACAAAACGCAUGAAUGAGUGGCGCUUUAAUACUUUUACCAUUGUGAUGUUUGGUCACCCACCUAAGCAUGUUGAUCGACAUACAGUAUGAAAAGAAGUUAAGGGAGAUGCCGACACCAACUAUUGUGUUCGUGGUGCCUGCUGGGAACGCCCAUUUUUACUGUUAGCCAAAAGCGAAAGGUGUUCAAGUCGUGGACUUUCAAAACCAUCUGCACCACUUCUUGUUUUCAUAAACAACUUCAUCAGGUUUCCUUUUAAAAAAAAUUUUUUUUUUUUUUUUUUAAAGAUGCUUUAUGGUGUUUUUUCUCUGUCAAUGAAGUUAUUUAUUCUUUUUUUUCUGCUCUGUGUAAAUAUAUUUAUUUUAAUUUGAAGUGAACCUUUGGAUUGUAAAUAUCGUGUACAGAUUGCGUAGUCAGAAUGUACUCUGCUCCAGAUAGGAUUGUAUCUGAGUGUGGAAUUAGGGUGGGAUUGUUUUUUUUUUUUUCUUUGAAUUGUAUACAUGGGUCUUUUUUCUUCCUUUUAUAUGUCUUUUGUACUUUUUUGUUCACUGUUUUCCAAUUGAACUGUUUAUGCAGCAAAAAAACAAAACAAGAACCCAUCUGCAACCUUCAGAUAUCAAGAUUCCAAAGCUUGUCAUGGAUGCCUCAUUGCCAAAAGUUAUGUACAUAGGAUGAACAACAAAUCCUGGGACUUGACGGAUCCGUUUUUCUUAUUGAAUUUCUUCAGCCAGCGCUGUGCAAGCAUGCGACACAGCACUACUUCCUGGGAUAGACCGACCCAAGUCAAGGCCGAGUUCCUCCAAAGGCUGGAUUUUUUUUUCCACAGACCUUCGAGUUGUGCCUUGUUCUAUUCAAUGGAACACAAAACACUCUUAUCCGUCUCUUCUCUCUCUGUAAGAGAAAAAAAUAUAUAUAUAUGAGAUAAAGUGACUGCUGACUAUGAAUUUGAAAGUCUUACUUUUGUAGUUUUAUAAAUAUAAAUAUAUACAUAUAUAUUACACACACACAAACACAAUAAAGAGUAAAAGAACAUGA